GAACGAGCUUAUGCUGACUGCUCAAAUUUGCGUGGUGACAAUCGCGAAACUGCAGCAGUCCCCAAUUAAAAACUGAACCAGCUUUAUUAUUUAAAAAAAAAAACAUACAACGGAAGCGCAUGCGCCGCUAACCCAAGGCGCGCAUCCCGAACAAUUAACUGCAUAAUGCCGAGUAAGCAAUAACGCCAACUUCACUUUUACGAAGAAUGAGCAAACAGAACGGUUCCCAAAAACUGAAAAGGGUCAGCAAAGAUGGCUUCAAAAAUGGCGGCAAAAAAAAGAAACCCUUUAAGAAGCAUAAAAUGAAGGAGGCAAAACAGGUGGGGAUAACAUCUCAGCCCUGUGGUAAAUGCCUGAACAGCAAGGGGGAAAUGCGACGUGCAGACCAACCCGACGCAAAACUCAAUUUCGCGAAGAAGGAAGAAGCAGAGGGGGGGAAGCACCCUCCAGUGACCAACAAAACGGUGACUAAAAGAUCCAAGUCAGAUUUUGUCGCUCCUGUCUUGAAGAAAAGAAUGAUAAGUAAAAAGUUAUCCAAAAAGAGGAAACAUGGGGGGAAGGCCCAAGGGGGGAAAAACGAGUCGCACUUCCAACCCAUUCUAAAUGGAUCUCCUUCACGAGAGGAUGCCGCUAACCGAGGGAAAAACACGUGUGAGGCCAGCAGCCCGUUCGCCUAUCGAACUGAUGGAGACCAACCAACCGAUAGGGCCGUCUUCCUUGACGAAUAUGAUAGCCAUUACGGAGAAAAGAAAAAGCAAAAAUAUAAGAAGAAAAAAAAAAUCCAACAGGACCCAGAAGAAAUAGUGAACUCAUCCCUGUUCAGAUACAUUAAUGAGUACAUGUACACCAACAGAAGCGAAACUGUGCAACAGAAGUUGAAGGAAACAAACAAUAUUUUUAACAUUUACCAUUCGGGGUACAGAAAUCAGAAGAAUAAAUGGCCCAAAAAUCCCGUUCAUGUGAUAAUCAGCCAUUUAAAAAAGAAUUUUACAAAAAAAAGUAAAAUAGCAGAUUUGGGAUGCGGAGAAGCAGAAAUAGCCCAGACGUUGAACGGCUGGUCUGUGACUUCCUACGAUUUAAUUCAGCUCAAUGAGCACGUCACGGCUUGUAACAUAACGGAGUUGCCGCUCCCAGACGAUUCUCACGAUUGCUUUGUUUUGUGCCUGAGUCUUAUGAACACGGACUGGCCGAAAGUUAUAUUUGAGGCGCUUCGAUGUCUUAAAAAGAGCGCAACCUUAAUAAUAGCCGAGGUGGUGAGCAGGUUUACGAACUACAAGGCGUUCAUGAAGUUCAUGAAGAACGUCGGGUUUACCUUCACCAACAGAGUAAAUUUGGACGAUUUUUUUUAUGUGCUAUUUUUUGAGAAUAAUAAAAAGGAGGACGCAUCCUACGCGGCGAAUGAGAAGAGAAUUAGGAAGGUUUCCAAGUUGCUGGCUCCCUGCGUUUACAAGAGGAGGUAG